GGUCUCAGCUGGAUCUAGUCGUGUAGGCCUAACCAGGGAUCUGUGACCAGAAGAACAACAACAAUAACAAACUUAAUAGCAUCACUUUUCCCAUUGUGACACAAACGCCCUCUUGAGGUGCGCUUUUUGACAAUUGUUUGUUACUACAUCAUUCAGCCAAGGGAACGUAUCGAAUGUCCCACGAAGCUCAAGCAAGAGGAGCCAGCCCUGGAAAUCUGAAACUGAAAAUCCAUGGACCAAAAAGUGGAGAAAUCACUGUACGACUGAACUACUAAUAUGAGGCAACCACUGACAGGGCAAUGAACAAGUUGACGGCAAUGAAUCAAAUCCGACGUGUGAUUGUUUACUCCCCUGGAGUUCCUGGGUUGACCAACGCUCUUUCCAAAGCAUUGCCUCGAAUUCAAGUGGUGGAAAUCACUGACCUCAGCGAGGAAGCGACAGAGCAUUUCCAUAACGAAAUCCUUGUCACCAAUAACGAUAUGAUUGGACCCUUGCUCUACCGUCCUCAUGGCCAAUUUGCUUUUAUACAGGGCACAUGGGCUGGUGUAGAGUCGAUUUUCAGUCACAUUAAGAAGGAUAAAGAGCGACCCACUUUGCAAGUGGCUCGAUUCACCAACCGUCAAUUUUCUCAAUUAAUGAGCGAGUAUACAUUAGGCCAAGUGAUCAACUCAGAGCGUGGCCUUUUGACCAUUCGCGACGAUCAGACUCUCGGGACAAAAUCCUGGAGAAGUGACGAGUUUGCCCAUCCGAGACUCAUCAAGGAGCUCACCAUCGGAAUCUUAGGAGUGGGCAACAUAGGACGAGAAAUCGCCAGGACCUUUCAGUUUUUUGGUGCCCGAAUCUUGGGCUUGACUCGGCGGUUUCCCAGCCAACAUCGGUCUCCGUUCGUGAGCCAUUAUUACGAGACGUCCACGCUACACGAGAUGCUACCCCAGUGUGAUUACAUUUGCAACGUUCUUCCACGUACAUCUCAAACCACUAGGCUAUUGACGGAUGAACUACUCAAGAGCUGUCAAGCUCGGAGGCCUGUGUUCAUUAACAUUGGUCGGGAUAACGUGGUGGAUGAUCAAACUCUGUUGAGAGCCCUGGACGAGGAUUGGUUACGUCAAGCGGUUCUCGAUGUGUUUGCCGAAGAGCCGCUGCCCUCUGACCAUUCGUUUUGGUCUCAUCCCAAGAUUGUGAUUACGCCUCACAUUGCGGGACCGACUCGGGCAUCCGACGUGGCAGACUGUCUCCGAGCAAAUUUGGAGUUAUUCGAUCAAGGCGCGCCAAUCGAAAAUUUGGUUGAUUGGGAAGCCCAAUAUUAACAGCAACAACAACGACGACGACGACGAUGACACUAACAACCAUCUCAAUAACAGUGAACAAGUCACAAACCAAUGGUUGAGGGAGUUUGUUCCUUGACAAAAGAACGAUGCAAUAAUAUUUUGAAAAUUGGGGAGCUUUUGUUCAUGUUUCCAUUGAUGUCUUUUGGACGUUUCGCUUAUUUCGUUGACUGUUUCUUUGUACUAUUUUGCAAUAGAUGAAAAUAGUUUCCAUAUUUAUCUUUGAAUAAUAACGUGAGACCGAA